AAAACAAAAUUGUUUUAAUUUUGCUGAUAACAGUCCCAAACGUACUUUCCUGCAUAUAACUACUAUCAGUAAAUCUCGCCAGUUGCAGUUCAAUCGUGUAGCGAAGAGGAUCAGCGAUUAACAGGGACAUACAGCUACAAUUUUCAAUCAUGAAAUUGACAAUUAUAUUCCUGGUACUAAUGGCUAUUUUCGGAGUUGCUUUCGGAUAUCCUGAAGGGGAGCCAGAUACUGCUGUUGAGCCUGCGAAAGAAGCUGGUUCCUCGGCUGGUUCUCACGAGCAUCAUCACGGGCACCACUGCGGUGGUGGAAAGUCGCCAGCUCCGGCAGAUGGCGCAGCUUCACAAUCCUUUUUGGAACCGAUAGUAGAUUAGUUUGGGCAAAUAAAUAUAAAUCAUUGCAGGCCAGUUGCAAAACCUCAAAUGAUUACAAUAAAUCAAUGAAUUGAGUUAAAGAAAAUAAGGUCAA